AUGACCACAAACCAUAUCGAGAAACUUGAUCCCGCGCUAUUGAGACCUGGACGAGUUGAUCUAAGUAUCGCAUUUGGAUACUCAGAUCGCGACACGAUCAAGAAUCUAUUCAUGGCUAUUUAUGCUCCCUUGGAUUGCGAGGUGCCCAGAUCAUCUUCUUCUUCCUCACCUGCGAAUGCACAAAAGAGUACUCCUCCCGCAUCACCACGACACUCACCAUCCCCAUCCACAUCAUCAGCAACCAAACUACCAACAUUAUCCUUUGAAACUCACACCAAAGAAGAAAUCGCAGAUCUCGCCGAGAAAUUCGCCGAUGCGAUUCCCGCCGGCGAAUUCACGCCUGCUGAGAUUCAGGGCCAUUUGCUGCUACACAAGAAGCAUCCUAUGCAUGCCAUUGAGGAUGCCGAACUUUGGGUACAAGGAAUUAGGGAGAAGAAGAGAGAUAGAAAGGAGAAGUAG